AUGGUGCCAUCAGAGGCGUCAAAUCCUGUUGGCAGUGGAGAAAAUGUUCCGACAGGAGGCCAAGGAGGAGGUCCUCUUCCUUCACAUCCAGCAUUUCCUUCUCAGCGGACUCAGUUCAGUAACAACAUGAGCAUGAGUAUGCCAAACAUCUCUUCCAUCCUCAACAACCAGUCUUUUGUAAAUGGUAUUCCCGGCUCAGUGGUUUCGAUCGACACCAGUGGGGCCGAGUCAGACCCUCUGUCUAACAUCGGUUUUAUUGGUUUGUCAUCUUUCAACGUGUCGCCGAGCUCAUCAGGUCAGCAAUUCUCAAACGUUUCGGCUAACCAGUUGUUGGCUGAGCAGCAACGGAAUAGGAAAAUGGAGCCUCAGAAUUUUCAACAACAGCAGCAGCAGCAAUUUUCGACAGUGCGUGGAGGAGGGUUACCAGGUGUGGGAUCUGUCAAGUUGGAACCUGGUCAGGUGUCCAACGACCAGCAGGAACAUAAAAUGUUGAGAAACCUAGGAUCAGUUAAGUUGGAACCGCAACAACUUCAGGCCAUGAGAAGCAUGGCCCAAGUGAAAAUGGAGCCUCAACAUUCAGAGCAGUCAAUGUUUCUCCAACAACAGCAGCAGCAGCAGAGGCAACAACAGCAGUUUCUUCAAAUGCCUGGGCAAUCUUCGCAGAUGAAUAUAUAUCAGCAACAGAGACUUAUGCAACAACUUCAACAACAGCAACAACUCCUCAAACAAAUGCCUCAGCAACGUCCUCAAUUACCACAACAGUUUCAACAACAGAGUUUAUCUCUGAGGCCACCUAUGAAACCUGUGUAUGAACCUGGCAUGGGUGCUCAGCGUCUUACACAGUAUAUGUACCGACAACAACAUAGGCCUGAAGACAAUAACAUUGAGUUCUGGAGAAAAUUUGUUGCUGAUUACUUUGCUCCUAAUGCCAAGAAGAGAUGGUGCGUUUCUAUGUAUGGUAGUGGCCGGCAAACAACAGGCGUUUUCCCUCAGGAUGUGUGGCACUGUGAGAUAUGCAACCGAAAGCCUGGACGUGGUUUUGAGGCAACCGCCGAAGUCCUCCCGCGGCUUUUUAAGAUAAAGUAUGAAAGUGGCACUUUGGAAGAACUUUUAUAUGUGGAUAUGCCAAGGGAAUCUCAGAAUUCGUCUGGUCAUAUUGUCCUGGAGUACGCAAAAGCAACACAAGAGAGUGUAUUUGAGCAUCUUCGAGUUGUUCGUGAUGGCCAGCUUCGAAUUGUUUUCUCCCCAGAUCUUAAGAUAUUCUCUUGGGAAUUUUGUGCUCGGCGGCAUGAAGAGCUUAUUCCACGAAGGCUUUUGAUACCUCAGGUUAGUCAGCUUGGAUCGGCAGCCCAGAAAUAUCAACAAGCCGCUCAAAAUGCAACAACAGAUUCUGCUCUUCCAGAGUUACAAAAUAAUUGCAACAUGUUUGUUGCAUCUGCUAGACAGUUGGCAAAGGCCUUGGAAGUACCACUCGUGAAUGAUUUGGGAUACACAAAGAGAUAUGUUCGGUGUUUGCAGAUCUCGGAGGUUGUAAAUAGUAUGAAGGACUUGAUAGAUUAUAGCAGAGAAACAAGAACAGGACCAAUCGAGAGUUUAGCCAAGUUUCCUCGGAGAACAGGUACUUCGUGUGCACUGCCUAGUCCUUCUCCUCAACAACCCAAUGAACAGCUAAGGCAGCAGCAGCAGCAAUCAGUUGUCCAGAUUGCAAACAACGAUCAGAGUUCUGGGCAAACCUCAGUAAACUAUGCCUUCAACGCAGCUUCUGCAUGCACCACCUCCACAAGCAGCAUCGCAGGGCUCAUCCACCAGAAUUCCAUGAAACAAAGACAUCAGAACACUGCUUACAAUCUUCCAAACAGUCCUUAUGGUGGAAACUCAGUUCAGAUGCCGUCACCUAGUUCCUCGGGUACCAUGGUGCCAUUAUCACAACAACAACCCACCCUGGCAUCAUUUCAGUCUCCAACAUCCUCAUCUAACAAUAUUUCUCAAAACGGGAUAACAUCUGUUAACAAUCACAUGGGUUCCACAAAUUCACCAGCAAUUCAACAAGCUUCAGGUGAUGAAGCAAACGCGUCUAGUUCGGUGCAGAAGAUACUGAAUGAAAUCCUGAUGAACAACCAAGCUCAUAAUACCUUAGGAGGAGGAAGUAUGGUUGGGAACGACGGGAAGGGAGGUAAUACUGUAAAUAGCUCUGAUGUUCUAAUGAUGAACGGUCAAGUGAACAACAACAGCAACACACGUAUUGGAGGUGGUGGUGGGAUGGGAGCUAACGGGAACAAUGGUCUGGUGAACGGAAGAGUUGGGAUGAUGGUAAGGGAUCCAAACGCGCAACAGGAUCUAGGAAACCAACUCUUAGGAGCAGUCAAUGGUUUCAACAACAAUUUUCAGCGUGAUUGGAACGUGUGA